AGUUGGACGCAGUUGGAGCCCGAAAGCGCGUUUAAAAAGCGCACUUCGCAGGAGAGUCCGAACAAAGCAGCGCGUCGCGACUGAGAGAAAGGAGCAAAAGUCAGACUGACCUGUUACAGCGGACUGUGCGCGCCUGCGUAGCUUUUGUGCCUUUUAAAAAAUAAUAAUAAUAUAGAAUUCAUAUUUUAUUGUCGUGUGCAUCGAGUAGUAAUAUAAUUGUUUAAAAGACAAGAGGAGCAAAAAACUGCGAAUGAGUUCCCGGUAAAAAGGAUCUCUUUUGUGACUAAAGAAGUGAAGGAUUUUAACUUAAAAGAGGGAUCAGCUUCAGACACAACAUAAUCAGUUCUUUUUUGCUCAUUAGGCACCGGAUCAAACAAAAGUGCAACCAGACAUCGGAAGAAAAACCUGUAUCCGUCUUUUGUCAGCUUGCACACCAUUAUUUGCCGCCAUCUCCAAAGCAGCACGCAUACUUAAACGACAGCAAAUCUGGCUCCAGCAGGAGGCUUUAAGCUUUUUUAAAGCUCCUCAUAAACUUCAUGGGUUGACCCACAAGCACUCCACCACGCCUCCUCCUCAACCCCUGCUCUAACCCUUUUCGCUUCCCGCCGCCUCCGUUUGUUUACGCCACCUCUGACAUGAUGACUUGUUUUGCCUCGUACUUGCCCGGACGUGUAAUUGCAGCGUCACAUUUUACAUCUCCGACUUGUGGAUAAAUCAGGCAGUAGAGUGAACGAUUCAGAGAGAGACCUGGGGAGGGAGAGGCAAACAGAAGGAGAGGAAGGAGAGCAGCACUGCGUGUUGAGAAGAGGGUCCAUCAGUACCUGCAGCAGAGGGAUCCACCUGCCCCAAAGAGGAAGGGGGAACCCCCCCCCUUACCUGAUCCAUCUGGUUGCAAGGGGGGGGCCUUGCACAGCCUAGAAGGCAGCAGGGACUAUGCAGCUGGGAUUGGUGGCGCUGGCAAUGAUUAUUCUCAGCUCCAUGGGUCACAGUGACGUUCUCAAGCUCUCCAAGGCGAGAAGGCAGAGACGGGUUAGCACAGAGGGACCACCAUCCUGCCCAAAAGGCUGUGACCGAUGCUCUGAGUAUAAUGGCUGCAUUAAAUGCAAUCCAAAGCUCUUCAUCUUCCUGGAGCGCAAUGACAUCCGUCAGAUAGGAGUGUGCCUCCCCUCAUGUCCUGUGGGAUACUUUGGCAUGCGGAAUCCAGAAGGCAACAACCGAUGCACACAGUGUAAAAUUGACAAUUGUGAAGCAUGCUUCAGUCGCAACUUUUGCACAAAAUGUAAGGAGGGCUUGUAUUCACACAGUGGCCGAUGUUAUGUCAGCUGCCCUCCAGGCAAGCACACCGCCAAUAACACCAUGGAUUGUGACGGUCAUCAUGCUUCAGAGUGUGAACUAGGAGAGUGGAGCCAAUGGAGUUCCUGCAUGAAGAAGAACAAGACAUGUGGAUUUAAGAAGGGCUCACAAACCCGGGUUCGUUCACCCCUUCCCCAGAUUCACAGUGUGGACACCUCCCCUGCUUAUGUGCCCUCACAGACCUGUGCUCCAGAGACAGAAAGGAGGAAGUGUGUUGUGACCAAGAUGCCUUGUCCUAGAGACAAAAAGAAUAAGAGCAACAGACAGGAUGAUACAAACAGGAGAGAAAAUCCACGUGGGAGAGGACGAGAAGGCAAAGGAGGAGGUGGAGGGGGGAAGCGGAGGAAAGGCCAAAGCAGGACCACCACUGCGUCCACCGUCACAACCAGCGCUGUCACCUAAACUCUGAAGCCUGCUGGGUGAGGACAGGAAAAAAACUGAGACGGUGCCUUGCCCAGCAGCCCCAGAAAACACACAGAGAUUAGUGGGAAAGAGUUACUGCUGCUAUGCUGCAUUGUAGAACAUGCAAUGAGAACUGGAGGACUGCUUCAACAAAAAGGUUUUCUGAAACUUUUGGGAAAAAAAAAAAAAAAAUCCUGCGGAUCUUGUGUUAUUCUGACAGCCUUGCUGGUUUCCAGUUGAAAUCACAGUUGGAUAGUGAAGCCACAUUGCAAAUUGUGGCUUGGUUUGGUCUGUGUCUUAAACUGAUUGUACUAAAACUCUUGGACAGGUCUUUCUUUUCAAAGUGCAGCAUUAAGCAGGAAGGUUGAUUCUUCAUGAAGAUUUUCUAAAGUCUGUAUAGACAGACAAAGUGUAUAAUUUCCAGCCUGAUUGUAAUCACAAUCUGUAUUUCAUUUGUUUUUGUAUUUUGGAGAGGUGUCUGAUGGAGUUCCUCAAACGUCACAGCUCAUGAUGUGGAGACAAUGAACAGCAAUAGGUUGCAGCACCAAUAUUUUCUGUAGGGAGUUGAAACAAAACAAAGUCACUGGACAUGAAUCAUGGCUGCUGAGGAUCAAAAAUCAUUGGUGAAUACAUUUGAAGGCAUCUGGUACAAAAACAACUUGAGAAUAACCAAUCAUAUCCUUUAUAUCCAUAUCCUUCUGUGGCUUCUAAGCAAAAAUACAAUAUCAUCGCUUUCUGAUUGUUUUAAAUGAAAUAUUUUAUCUGAAAAAAGAAUAUCUGCACAAGAAUUAAUAUUUGCAUGAUACUAAGUAGCAUUUGUGUACGCGUGCAUCUGUGUGCAUUUAAAUCUACCUGAAGUAUUCGUGUUUGCGUAGUUUAUAUGCAUAUCUGCACGGAUUUCAGUGUUCGACGGAUCUUUGCUGUGUGAACAUGAGUAGUCAACGUUGCACAUGCAGUUUGUCUUAUUACUCGUCUCAUAGACUGAAGGAACCAAGUCUGGAAAAUAAAUGGAAGGACAUAUAGACGCACAUUAAUAUAUAAGAACCACACUUACCAUUACACUAGCCAUCAAAUAAGCCCUGUCAAUAACCAGAAUGUAACAUGGUCUGAUGAUUUUGCACAACUGUAAUGUUUUCCUACUGCUCAUAUUCCAGAACAAUCACAGCAUUUUACGUUUUCAAAAACUGACCACAUCGCAUACACGGAAUGCUUUUGGUCUUUAAAUAAAUAUCUGAAGAUGUUACAUGGUACUUUAUUCAUUCUUUGAUGCUAUGGAUUGAGAUAUGUAAUAUGUCAAGAUGUGUUUACCAGUAUUAGUAUCAUCAUGUAUAGCUUUUUUUCUGUGAAAGCCUGAAUAAAAUACAGAUGAAGCUGGUGAUGCAUCAGUCGUACACUA